UACUACCAUUAGAGAUUCAAAUCAUUAGAGAGAAGAAGAAAAUACAAAGUAGAAGAGGGAAAUGACAGAAUCAAGCUGCUUCUCCUAGCUUGCACCUUCUCCUUGCUCUUUGGGUUGAUUGGAUCUUCAAUGAAGCUCUCCCGAUGUGUUUCCCUCACUAAAGCACUCAAAAACCCUAAUUUCUCACCCCAAGGUGGCUCUCCUUGUUAAAGUGCAGAAAGGGAGUAUUUAUCGGCAGAUUGUGGUGGUCACGGCCUCGAGGGCGUGACCUGAUGGUCCCUUCCGUGACCACUGGCCGUCACCAGGUCGUGACUUGAUGGACGUCUCCGUGUCGCAGCGUUUUGACUUUGUCUUUAAGUGCCGAGAUCGCGACCUCCGCUAUAAGAUCCCGAUCGCGAUCUUUUGUCUUGGCCGUGAUAUUUUUCCACGGUCAAAAUACGCCUUGCCCGUGAUCCGAUUGGGGAAACACUCUGCCUCCUUCUUGGUCGCCUUCUCUAGUUCGCGGCCACGAUCACAUGCCGCAAUCAUCGUCACGGCCUUAUCAAGGGUCACCUAUGGCCGUGGCCAGUGCUUUUUCUCCCCCUUUUGCUCCUAUUCUUCCCAAUCGUGCCCGGAUGAACUCUUGCGAUCAAUCUCAAAUGAAUAUGACCUGAAAUUUCAUCACAACCACUUGGGAAAGCAUAAAAUACCACAAAUUGGGGUCGGUUCCCCUAUGGAAACCUUCGUAUCAAGACUACCUGUGCCAAAAUGCAUGUUUUACAAAUAGGAACGAAAACGGGCAUAAAUAACUUGAUAUGUGGCCUAGAAACAAUGAUUUAGCAUGCAAAUUCCUUGAGAAUAGAAGCUAGAUAACACCUAUUUUAGGUGUUAUCAAACUCCUCCGCACUUAGGCGUUUGCUUGUUCCCAAGCAAACCUACUCAAACCAAUGCAACUUAGUAAACAAAUCAAUGUGAGAUGCACUCUAGUUCUUCAUUGCAUAAAUAAAAGUAAACGGAGAUGAGAAAAUGUUACUAUUAUCUCACUGUGCAAGCACAAACUCUCGGAUGAGGACCAUACUUACUGCCUAAGGCCGAACGUUCAAGGUGUACCCGAGGGAUUCUCAAACAACAAAUAAGCACAUGAAUUCUCAAAGGUGCUCUUUAUUCUCUCUUUAGAUUUAGGAGUUUUUGUUUAUUGGUCUCCUUUUUCGACAUUGACCUGCAUUGCACCAAGCUUUUGCAAUUCUUUUGCAAACAAGCCUCUCUCCCUCAUGGCCAAGAGCGAAUGAAUCAUAGCCUUCCCUAUCGAGGUCGCAUGUGGGGAAAUUGAUGGGCGUAUUCGUCUUCGUCUGAGCUUAGGUCACCCAAUUCGCCUUCCCCAUCUCCACGAUCCCACCCUUAAACGCCAAAACGCGCUUUUUGUGAAAUUCGUGGGGAAUUCGCGAAUUAAUUUCUAGGAGAACGCGCUUUAUUAUUUGGCGAGCGUGAACUGAAUCUUGGAGAAGAAAAAGAAAAGCUGAGAAGCAAUUAGGAAGCGAUGAGUCACGGACUAUGGUCCUAUGAGCUUCAACCUCUUUGGGAAUCUCUGUCGUAGUUUUGGUCGAGAACUAUUCAACUUCGAGAGUCCAAAUCAAAGUAGGGGAAACGAAAAUGAAGUGUAAAAUAAACAGAAAUUGAAAUGGUAGUGAAGCGCGAUUCUUAGCUGCGGUAGAAGAGAUGAAGAGAGAGGAAGCAAAGGACAAUCAUGGUGUCUCCAAAGCUCCUGACGAGGCUCGCCUCCAAUGUCCUUGAUUUCGGCAAAUGAAAGAUCUGGCUUAAUCCAAAUGACAGCAAUUAUAAAUUUGCAUGGGCAAC